AAUUGUAAUUGAAAAAUAGUAAGUGAAAAGGGGUUUAAACAUCAAAGCAGAACCAGCAAAAACCAUGUCUUCAGCUUCAAUUGCAGUUAACUCCCCAAGCUCCUCCAACCAUUUUAUCAAAGAUGGCGUCACUUCAGUCAAUGUAAAUCGAUUAUGUUCCUUCUCAUUCGAAUCAGGCUUGUUCGGAUCCAAAAUCCCAACGAAAAAGCUCUCACUCUCGGUCAACGGAACCAGACCAACCCGACCCGAACGCAUCAGUUAUUCGGGUUUAGAACCGGUGAAGGCCUCUUCCCGUUCUUUCGACGUCGUGAUUGUGGGCGCAGGAGUCAUCGGGUUGACAAUCGCCCGACAAUUUCUAACCGGAUCGGAUCUAUCCGUUGCGGUCGUCGAUAAGGCCGUACCUUGCUCCGGCGCCACUGGUGCUGGACAGGGCUACAUAUGGAUGGUACAUAAGAAUCCCGCAAGUGAGACAUGGGAACUUACCAAAAGAAGUCACCAACUGUGGAAGAUGUUGGCUGAGACGAUACGAGACCAAGGCAUGGACCCACUUCAAGUAUUGGGUUGGAAGAAGACAGGAAGCUUGUUAGUGGGCAGAACUCCUGAGGAUUCAGUCAUGUUAAGAAAGAGAGUGAGUCAGCUGUCUGAAGCUGGUGUGAGAGCUGAGUAUUUGUCCACUGAUGAAUUGCAUUCCAAGGAACCUGCAAUUUAUGUCGGGACUGAUGGUGGAGCUGCUUUUGCACCUGAUGAUUGCCAGUUGGAUGCUCAUCAAGCUGUUUCUUACAUCGAAAAGGUUAACAGAUCUUUUGCACCGGAAGGAAGAUAUGCAGAGUUCUAUCAUGAGCCAGUUACAGGUUUAGUAAGAUCUACGAGUAGUGGGGAGUUUGAAGCUGUUCAGACUUCCAAUAAUACCUUGUAUGGUAAGGCCAUUGUAGUUGCAGCUGGUUGUUGGAGUCGGUCAUUGAUGCAUGACCUAUUCAAAGGUUCACAUAUUCAAUUGGAUGCCCUUGUAAUGCCUCGUAAGGGUCACCUUCUUGUCUUUGAGAACUUUAAUCCCCUUCAACUGAAUCACGGUUCGAUGGAGGUUGGUUAUGUUGAUUAUCAAAAUGCAACUUUUCCUUUAGGGCUCGAUGAUCAGAGCCAAACCCUUUCUGUUUCAAUGACAGCCACAAUCGACAUGAUGGGUAAUCUUGUUCUAGGAAGCAGCCGUCAGUUUGCUGGGUUCAGCACCGAGGUAGAUGACUCUAUCGUCCUUCACAUAUGGAAACGGGCUGGAGAGUUCUUUCCCAAAUUAAAAGAGCCGUCUCUUACAGAUUUCAUCAAGAACCGAAAAGUGAGAGUAGGACUACGCCCUUACAUGCCUGACGGGAAGCCAGUCAUAGGAAAUGUUCCUGGUUUGUCAAACUUGUUCCUUGCAACUGGACAUGAAGGAGGAGGUCUCUCUAUGGCUUUGGGAACUGCAGAGAUGGUUGUUGAUAUGGUAUUGGGCAAUACCACUUAUGUUGAUAGUUCACCAUUUGCUGCUGAAGGUCGAUGUUGUUAGUUCAAAGUCUCUAUGAAACAGUAAGGAGAGAAAUAUUAUAGAGGACAGGUCUAGUUUUGGACCAAAUCAUAAGCUGCUGGUUGGACUUUGAACUUUCAUUUUCUGGUCUCAAAUGUAAUCUCUACUUUCAGAAGUAGCGAUUAGAAAAUAAACUAAGCUUGUGAACUCUAUGGUUUCUGGGGAAAUAAAAGGUUUAUGAAAUUCCAGCUUACUUUAA